UUUAAGAAAAAGAUUUUUGGAAAAUUUUUUAGUAUUUAUUUUCCUGUUUGGAGGGUGCCAGGGCCUAUUGGCCCUCUUGUUAAGCGGAAACUGCGAAAGAAAAGGCAGAAAGAAUAUCAACUCUUAGGUGAUGAUGCACCUCCAAAACAAGCACCAAGGACAAUUGAAAAUACCAGAGAACCAGAUGAAACUUUUGUUGAUGGUGAAGAUGAAGAGAUUCAAUAUGACUUAGAUACAGAUGAAAUGUCCAAUUAUUUCAAUAGAGACGUUGUACCGAAAAUUUUGAUAACAACAGCUGAAAAACCACAUACCAAAACAUUAUUGUUUGCUAGAGAAUUAAGACAAACUAUACCUAAUGCACAUUUACAUUGGAGACGUAAAUUUAGUAUAAAAAAUCUUAUAAAAAUGGCAAUAAAAAAAGAAUUUACAGAUAUUAUUGUAAUUAAUGAAGAUAAAAGAAAUCCUAGUAUCCUUUUAAGUAUUGUUUAUAACUAUUGCUUGAUCUGUUACAAUUCUAUAUAA